CGUCUCCAUUUUGCAGUGAAGCAGGCCGCAUUGGAAAAUUUUUAAUGUGCGAAAAAAGAUUAUUGCAGAUAUAGUGAAAUAAAAAUAUGUAAAAAAUCAGCAUUAAUGUAGAUAAAAAACCUUGAAAUAGUUUAUUAUGCAGAAUUUGUAUCGUUUGAGGUUAAAUUUAGUGCAAGGAAAACGAUUGGGUUUUAAUUAACCCCGCCUCCUGCCUUUUUGCUCGCAACGCUAAAUUCUACGCCUGCCGCCGUGUGCGUAUUUGAAGCCCCAGUUGCCGGGCGCUACUUCCGUGAAGCUGAAACUAAACUAAUUGAGAAUCUAAUUAAGAACAAGGUAUAUAACUGCAAUAAGUGAACUUAAUCUAUUAAAGAAAAGUUUUUAAACACUGUCAUGACGUGAGGGUGCUUAUUUGUGGAAGUCGAAAAAAAAAUUGGAUAUACUUGCUACUACUGAUAAAGAAACUGCUGGAAAAUGAUGUUCACGGGCACAACGCAGCAGCAGGAUACGCGUUUCAGUGAUAAGGAAAAGAAACUAAUGAAACAAAUGAAAUUCGGAGACUGCUUAAAUAAACGCGUUGACAUGUCAAAGGUUAAACUUGACGUGUUGCGUCCAUGGAUCAGCAAAAAAAUUACGGAUAUUUUGCAUAUCGAAGACGAUGUCGUCGUUGAAUUCGUUUACAACCAAUUGGAGGAAGAAAAGUUUCCAUGUCCAAAGAAAAUGCAAAUUAAUAUGACGGGAUUCUUAAAUGGAAAAAAUGCACGACAAUUUAUGGGUGAAUUAUGGUCAUUAUUACUAUCGGCACAAGAAAGUGAAAGUGGUAUUCCAGCCGAGUUUAUUCAGCAAAAGAAAGAUGAAAUACUUAAGCGGGAAGAGCAGCAACGUCAAAAUGAUCGUUCACGUUCACGCGAUAGGGAUAGGGAUAGAGAGAGAGAUCGGGAUAGAGAUAACGAACGUGACCGUGAUCGCGAUAGACGCAGCGGUAGGGAUAGAUCCCAUGAUGGACAACGUGAUGAGUUGAGUCAACGUGAGCAGCAGCUACCGCCAAGCACCUUGAGCGCGAUCGAGCAGGUUAGGUCACAAUUAUCAGCUAAAUCUAGAUCGAAUUCGGCUGAAGAAACUAAUUUAGGUAGCGUUUCCCAAAGCAAGCAAUUUGAUGGGGGUAAUGCAGCCAGUGUGAAUGCUGCAGCAGCAGCAGCAGCUGCAGCUAUUCUACGGGAUCGUUCCAGGUCACCAAAUGCUAGUGCUAGAUCGGCAGCUGCAGAAGCGGCGGCAUCCAAAAUACGAAAUCGAUCACCACGCAAACGCUCCCGGGAGAGAUCAGCAACGCGGAAAUCUUCGCGGGAUCGCAACUCAUCACCGCAAAGACGUCGCAAUUCACCGCGAGAUAGACGGCGAAUAUCUCGUUCGCCAAGGAGAAGAUCAUCUGGUGGAGAUCGUCGUCGUCACCGCAGUCGUACUCGUAGUCGAUCCAGAGAUCGUAGCGGUAGGCGGCCACAAAGCAAGAAAAGGCAGCUAUCACGUUCACCGUCACCUCAGAAACGUCAAAGUCCGAAAUCAAAAAGUCGUCGUUCAAAAGAGAGGCGAUCAAGGUCAAGAUCAAGAUCGAAAUCACCCGUGAAACGAAACACAUCACCAGCGACAACAAGAAAUUCAAAAACCGCACCUUCACCACCUUAUCGGAAGCGUUCAAACUCACGAAACUCUAACCCCCACACACCAGUAAAUGGUCAUGAAGAUGGUACUAAUGCUAAGAAUCGCGAUGGAAGGAAACGAUCACCGUCUGCAAAUCCUAGUGAGAACUCUCGUUUAUCAAUCGACGAUAAGAGACCAUCGCGCAAAAUUUCUAAAGGCCGUUCUCGUUCAAGAUCAGUUAGUAAAAGGUCCACAAGACGUGCUGCUUCCUCACGGUCGCGUUCAAGGUCAUCAUCCCGAUCAUCAAGAGCAUCUGUACAUUCAAAGAAAAAGGCAACACGACGUUCGAGUUCACGUAACACAAGUCUUUCGCCGUCGCCUGAACGUAAAGAUGAUUUUGAGAUUCGUCGCAAUAAGAAUAGUGUUCAGAAGAAGCGGCAUUAUCGUCAUAAUCGCGAUUCCUCUGCAAGCUCCAUGGAGAGAGAACGCGAUCGGGAUGUUGGGCGCAGGAUGGUGGGAGACAAUAGAGGUAGACGGGGUGACAUGCCUGGCCGACGCUUCUCACCACAUAAUCGUAGUCCACGAAACGACGGUGGAGGAGGACGAAUUCAACGUUCACGGUCUCGUCGUCGUUCGAAAUCCCGUAAUCGAUCAAGAUCCCGCAAUCGAUCACGUUCUCCUAUCAGACGGUCGCGUUCACCACGACGUUUUAAUCGGCGUCGCUCGCCAAUGAUGCACUUUCGUGGAGGACGAGGAGGAAACAAUCGUGGUCGGAUGAACUUUUGGCGUCGAAGUCCUAGCAGGGGUCGUGGUGGAGGUGGUGGUGUUGGUGGUGGUAGUGGUGGUGGUGGUGGAGGAGGAGGACGUUUUGAUCGUCGCUUCUCACCCCAGCGUAGAUAUUCUCGGGAACGCGAUCGUGAUCGCCGUAUGUCUCCGAUGCAAAAUCAAUUUCGGAAAUUUUCACCACAACGACGAUUUUCUCCUCCACAAAAUGUGCAGUACCAAAGACGAUCUAGGGAACGGAGAUUUAGUCCAGGUCCACGUGAUCGUCGACCUUCCUCCCCAAAACGAGAUAAUUCUAGAGAUCGCACAGGCGGUAAAAGUUUCGGCCGCUGGGAUCAAAAUAAUCGCAAUGUUCAAAAACCAAAAGAAAGAACGUCCUCAGAAAGUUCAAAUUGGGAAUUGGAUGACGAACCUGCUCAACAACCAACUGCUCGCCAACCCAGCGCAACCAAACAAACUAGUCCAAUUAAAAACAAUGGUGACCGACCAAGAAGUGCUAGACGUUCGCGAGAUAGAAGCGAUCGUGACUCCAGCCAAUCUUCUGAAAAAAUUCCGAAAGCUCGUGAAAGCUCAGGUCGCCGUUCUUCUGUCGAGUAUGCAGGUCCUUCAGUCAAAACGAUUGAUUUAUCCAAAGAUGAACGAGGUGAAAAUCGCAAAGCAAAAGCAGAAGCAGCUCAAGUAGAAGUACCUCAAGUAAAGAAACAAGCUCCUAUUACUGCUACGUCUGCUCUUAUAUUACGCAAUGAAAAAUUACGUGACAGGUAUAGUUCAAGCUUAUCACGUACGCCAUCACCAUUUUUGAAACCUCAUGAGCGUGAAAAGCUUCAGUCAAAUGCGCUAAAGAAAACGGAAGACAAGAAACCACAAAAAAGCCAUAAGGAAAGUUACUCAUCCUCGUCAGAUAGCUCUGGCGACACCGAUGAAAGUGAAGAUGACGAAGAUCGCAAUGUGAUUGAAAAGGCAAAGGAAUCUAAAAAGAACAAUUCAGAAUUGCGUUCUCAAUCCAAACGACGAAAGUCAGUAUCAAGUGAAGACGAAUCGGACAAUGAUAGCGAGGAUGAAAAGUCUAAGAGAAAGUCAAAUACUAAAGGAUCAAGUAAAGGCCAGUCAUUAGUGGAGUUGUCUUCAAGUGCCAAGGCUGGACGUAAAGACAAAAACUCUUCCGUUGAAGAAAAUAGAGAAGACCGGAAUGCAGUAGAACUGCAAAUUAGCCGUGGAAAAGGGAAACAGCAUAAUGACGUGCCCGAAGUUACUGUUCAAAGUACUUCAAAAGGGCACAGAAAGUUGUCCGAGAAAAAUCAUUCAAAAGAUAUUGUGUCAUCCAAUUCAAGCGAUGACUCCGAAAAUGAACAUUCUGAUAGCAAAAUGGUAGAGGCAAAACCAAAACAAUUGGCUUCACGAAAACGCACAGUGUCAGUUUCGGGCUUGAAAAAGUCCAAGCGCGCAGCUUCUUCUGACUCUGAUGAUGAUGAGCAUGUUCUAAAAAAGAAACGCAAAAAGGCAAAAAAAUCAUCAAAGAAAAAUUCGGAAGAAGAUAGUUCUUCGGAUUCUGAAGCUGAGGCUUCGUCAAAAAAGAAAAAGCAUAAGAAGCAUAAAAAACAUGGAAAGAAGAGUAAGAAACACAAAAAACAUAAGAAGAAGAAUAAAAAGGCUGACAGCUCCUCGAGUAGCGACAAUGAUGAUGAUAGAAUUCGUGAACGUACAGGCAAAUCAACAACAUCAGCCGGUUUGUUACUUGGAGGAGUUAAUGAAGAUUUAGAGAAACAAUUGCGUGAAAGGGCUUUAAAAUCCAUGAAAAAGAAUGAAUGAAAAAUCACGGUCACAUACAUGUGCAGCAAGCACUGGAAGUAUGAAGCUCCACACUUCAUUAGUUUGCAUGAUUAAUUUUUUAUGUACUCGAUAAUACUUUAGUUUAACACCCAUACAUUUAUUAAUACUGAGAGUGAUUAAUAGUAUUGGCGAAAACCUUUAAUAUAUUGGUCUACAUUUGAAAUCAAUCGCCAUCCAAAUGAUACGGCCUAGAAGCUGUCCAUAAAAUAUAUUUAUCAUCGCAUGCUAAGAAAUUUGUAACAUACAUACAAUGCAUACAUUACCUACUUUUACUGAAGCAACAAGGAGCGAUUCCAACGAUUUGAAAGUCGAUUGUGAGCAGAUGCAUAUAAAUACAUACAUAACAAUAUAAUAUUGAUUGAUAUAAUUAAUUAAAAUCCCUUUCUGUUGAGAGUUAUCGACAUUUUCUUGAUUUGAAGUUUUAGGUUCUAUUAUUUAAGUAGAUAUUAUGUAAUGCAUUCAUGUUUGUCAACUUAAAGAAACAAACAAAUAAAGAUUACUACGAAAAACUC